AUGAGGAGUGACAACCACAGCAGUAUGUCGGAGUUCCUUCUCCUGGGGCUCCCCAUUCGCCCAGAGCAGCAGGGCGUGUUCUUUGCUCUGUUCCUGGGCAUGUACCUAACCACGGUGCUGGGGAACCUGCUCAUCAUCCUGCUCAUCAGGUUGGACUCACGCCUCCACACCCCCAUGUACUUCUUCCUCAGCCACUUGGCCUUCUCUGACGUUGCCUUCUCUUCUGUCACUGUCCCGAAGAUGUUAAUGAGCAUGCAAACUCAGGAUCAGUCUAUCCCCUAUGCAGGAUGUAUAACACAGAUGUAUUUUUUCAUAUUUUUUACUGAUCUGGACAAUUUUCUUCUCACUGCAAUGGCAUAUGACAGAUAUGUGGCCAUCUGUCACCCCCUCCACUACACAACCAUCCUGAGAGAGGAGCUGUGUGCCUUGCUAGUAGCUGUGUCCUGGAUCCUCUCUUGGGCCAGUGCCCUGUCUCACACCCUUCUCCUGGCCCAGCUGUCCUUUUGUGCUGACAACACCAUCUCCCAUUUCUUCUGUGACCUGGCUGCUCUACUCAAACUCUCUUGCUCAGACACCUCCCUUAAUGAGCUGGUCAUCUUCACAGUGGGUGUGGCAGUCAUUACGCUGCCACUAAUAUGCAUCCUGGUUUCUUAUGGCUGCAUUGGGGCCACCAUCUUGAAAGUUCCAUCUGCCAAAGGGAUCUGCAAAGCCUUGUCUACAUGUGGCUCCCACCUCUCUGUGGUGUCUCUGUAUUAUGGCACAAUUAUUGGUCUCUACUUUUUCCCCUCCUCUAGUGCCUCCUGUGACAAGGGCACCAUUGCCUCGGUGAUGUACACAGUGGUCACCCCAUUGCUGAAUCCCUUCAUAUACUGCUUAAGGAACAGGGACAUGAAAAGGGCUCUGGAGAAGCUCUUGCACAAGGCAAUGAUCUCAUCUCAAUGA